AUAUCUACUGUAGGUGUGGCGCGACAGUCGCUCGUGCCCGUUGCUGAAGAGAUGCCUUUCUAAUUUUAGCGAGGAACAUGGGGCGGACUGCGAAGCUGCAAGUCGACGCGUACAGCAACAGACGACCAGCACGACGUUUCCAGAUCGCCAUCCAAGUCGGAACAAGGUAGCGGUGGGUGCAUCUAGCCUUUGUGUCGACUGCAUCGCGUCUCACGCCGUCGAAUACGGGCCCGUACAUGACUAUCAUUUUGCCGUCGCCGUUAUUAACACCUAGACUCGUAUUCCGCCCCCACCCAUUUGUAUAGACGUACCGUCCCGCCUGCAUCGCGCUCUCGACGUCCGAACUCCACCUUCCCAAUGGCGUCUCCAGCCACGGUUCCCUUCACCUCAGUCGACACCACCACGCGGCAGCCAGCUAAGGAUGAGGUCGAGUCGCCGAGCAUCUCGAGCACUAAUGCGCUUGCCCGCUACGAAUACGAGGCGGGCCAUGGCAAUGCCACAACCGGCACCAAGAUCCUGAUGGUGGAGUGGGAGGACGACGACACAACGCGGGGAGUGCGGGGAGACUGGCACAUAUCGUGGGACGGCAGCACGCGUGUUCUGCCCGCCAACGACCAGCCUGCCAACGACGUGAACCGCAUGUAUUUCCUGCUGCCCCCGGGUGUCGCAGUACCUACAAGCGUUACACUCACGCUACGACCACAAGACGCUAGUAUAUCGCCUGUGGUCUGGCAUACAAAUCCUCUGCCCGCCUUGUUCCCUCCUGAAUUAGGAGCAUCCGCGCGUGCAGCGGGCAAGAAGGGCGUCCUGCACACUAUUUGGGCCAAGAAGAGGCUACAGGUGCUGCAGAGAGAAAUCGAAGCCGAAUCGCGGAACAAUGUCGAAGGCGUUGGUCUGCUCAUGGUGGUGCAAGAAAAGGAAUGGAUCGAAUCGACUUUUGGUGUAAAUGCCAAACCAGCUGGUCUCAGCAUCUCGCUGGGAGAGGCCACGUUGGCCCCAAUGAAGGGCCCAGCUAGUCCACGAUCACCAGGCGGAGGGCGGCUGAUGGACAAGCUGGCUGGCCUGCGACUAGGUACGAGCGACAAAGACCUCACACCCACCAGCAGCGCGCCAGGCUUCUCAAAUCCUCUCUCGCCCGAGUCAUCGGAUAUCGCUAUUAGUUCAUUUUCCGUGUUCAAAGGAGCAAAUCCAUCGGCACUUGCUGCGAAACCUCCACAGCAACCACAGUCUCAACCAGCCGCGCCGCCUCGCAAGGUCGCUGCACAAGCCCCUCCGCAGUUCAUUACAGAACAGCAAGGCGCUGGUAUGAUGGGCUCUUUGAACGCUCUAUCCAGCCCUGCGCCUGUCUUUCAAUCGCGAGGCUCAUCUGGACCUGCAGACGAGGACGACAAGGACGAUGGGCUCUUCGCCCUACCUAUAAGUCCGAGAAGUCCUGAGGUGGGGAAAAGUCCGUUUUCGUUUGCGGUAAAUGAGACAGCCCCUUUCUUGAAAAAGGAGAGUACUGUUUGAUACCGUCGUACAUGGGUUCGCUUCUGCGUCAGAGUGUGGUAUGGAUGCGCUGUGUUAGUCGAAGGGACCAUGUAGCCCUACUAUGAAAGUGAUACCUUGGUGGAUUUUUUGCCCCUGCGAGUUUUUAUCGUAGUUGGAAUCAACAAGAGCGAGAUUUACGUUAUCACAAUUGCAUUGAUGUGGCAUGAAAGCAGUCUGAUCAAUAUUUGGUCAAGAGUGUGCCCAGCCGCCGUUGAAGCACUAGCAGCAAUCUCACACAUCUCACGAGACGCAUUCACAAAACGA